AUGUUUGACUUCGCCCUCACCUUCAUCCUCGUCUUCCUGGGAUACUACUACUUCCAGAGGCGAUUUGCAUCAGCACAACACGCUUCACACAUGCCCCUCGUCAUGAACCGCCGCGGAGGUAGAGUGAUGCCGGGCCACCGGCGCCCGCCGCCUACUGUGGGCCCGGCUCGCAAACAGUCGGAGGAGCCGCCAUCCGCUCCCGCUGUUAGCUCAGAGGGCGGGCCCUACGAUCCCGAUCUGGACGACGUUAUCACCGUCAAGGACAUGUUGAGAAGCGCCGGCAACCUGCCUGACGAGAUCAUCUUGCAGGUUAUGGACGAGGCCGAGUACUGGGCCUGCUCCUCCGCCAGCGUGGACUACACUCCCCUGCAGCGCGGCUAUCUAUCAAUUCGAGGCACGCAGAACGAGAACGAGUUCCUCCUGCGUACCGAGCCCCUGGCCAUGUCAUCUUGGGUUCCUGACCGUGAUGAUGCCUGGCAACUACCGUCGGCCCCUCGGCACCUUCGUGAAGAGUACCCCCGUGAACAACUGGAAGAGUACCGUGACGAGAGACUAGAGUCGACCUUGGUUAGUCCUUGCCGGAAAAUCGUCUUCAACAUCCAGAGCAAUGACCAGGGUUGGGGCGGCGGGCGUGGUGACAAGGGGACUUACCAUGGCGCGUACACCUGGUUUGACGCCGGCCUGGAGCGCUUCGACGCCAAACCUGAUGGCCGCGAAGCCCAAAACGGCUCCCGUCUACCUCUCAGUGCACUGCGUCCCAUCUGGCCGAAAGGCAAGGCGGAUGUCAAUGGGCAGGUGCAAUAUGACCACGAGCUGUUCUGGUCGCCCGAGCACACGAUCAAGUGCAACAAGGUGGCAAUUAGAGAGACGCAGACGCACCACGUCGAGUGGAGGUAUACCGAUGACAUCGACGCGCAGACGCCAGAAGGAGACGACCUCAAGGCCGCGGGACGAGGGCAGGCUACGGGGUCUGGAGAAUUCGUGAGGAACAUGAAAUUUGGCGACGUCGUCACGGUCUGGGGAAGGGCCAGGUUCGGAGGCUGGGAGAACCAGGUCAAGAAGGUCGAGGUGAAGGUCUACUGGGCGGUUUAG